GCUCAGGGGUCAGCCCUGCCCCGGGCUCCACGCCCGGGAGCGGGUCCGAGCCGCUAACUUCGGGCCAAUCAGCGCGCGGCGUCCCCGCGCCCGCAGCGUCCCGGCGCCCGCAGCGCCCGGGCCCGCGCCCCCCACGCCCCCGCGCCAGCAAUGGCAGCUGCGGCCUCGGCGGCUCCGGGCCGAGCUAGACCCGGGACGAGGAGGGGCUGAGCCGCGGGGGAUCCUGGAAUCGGCGGGGAGGUGGGGAUUCUGGGAGGAAAACUCCAUUUCCUCCUUCCCCGCCGGCCUCUCCCCUCCACCCCGGCACCCCAAAUUUCCAUGUGUCGCCUCCCGGGCGCAGAGCGCCGGUGUUAAACGAGGCGGCGGCCGCGGCUGGGAAAAUGCUGGGCAUGUACGUGCCGGACAGGUUCUCCCUGAAGUCCUCCCGGGUUCAGGACGGGAUGGGGCUCUACACGGCCCGCAGAGUGAGAAAGGGUGAAAAGUUUGGACCAUUUGCUGGAGAGAAGAGAAUGCCCGAAGACUUGGAUGAAAAUAUGGAUUACAGGUUGAUGUGGGAGGUUCGUGGGAGUAAGGGAGAAGUUCUGUACAUUUUGGAUGCUACCAACCCACGGCACUCCAACUGGCUUCGCUUUGUUCAUGAGGCACCAUCGCAGGAGCAGAAGAACUUGGCUGCCAUUCAGGAAGGAGAAAACAUUUUCUAUUUGGCAAUUGAAGAUAUAGAAACAGAUACAGAGCUUCUGAUUGGCUACCUGGACAGUGACAUGGAGGCCGAUGAGGAAGAACAGCAAAUUAUGACCAUGAUCAAAGAAGAGGAAGGUAACGAUACUAAAGGACGCUCAACAGCUGGCAGAAAAGAUCGCUUUGGCUGUAAAGAGGACUAUGCCUGUCCCCAGUGUGAAUCGAGUUUUACCAGUGAGGAAAUUCUUGCUGAGCAUCUUCAGACAUUGCACCAGAAACCCACAGAGGAGAAAGAAUUUAAGUGCAGGAGCUGUGGGAAGAAAUUCCCAGUUAAACAGGCUUUGCAAAGACAUGUUCUUCAGUGCUCAGCGAAAAGCAGUCUGAAGGAUUCUUCACGAAGUUUUCAGUGCUCUGUUUGCAAUUCUUCCUUCAGUUCAGCAUCGAGUUUUGAGCAGCACCAGGAGACUUGCCGGGGAGAUGCCAGGUUUGUGUGUAAGGCUGACAGCUGUGGAAAGAGACUGAAGAGCAGAGACGCCCUGAGAAGACACCAGGAAAACAUCCACGCCGGGGAUCCUAAGAAAAAACUCAUAUGUUCAGUGUGCAAUAAAAAGUGUUCUUCAGCAUCAAGCCUGCAGGAACAUAGGAAGAUUCAUGAGAUAUUUGAUUGUCAAGAAUGUAUGAAGAAAUUCAUUUCAGCUAAUCAGCUGAAACGUCAUAUGAUCACCCACUCAGAAAAACGACCCUAUAAUUGUGAGAUUUGUAAUAAAUCUUUCAAGAGGCUCGAUCAAGUGGGUGCUCACAAAGUAAUACACAGUGAAGAUAAACCUUACAAAUGCAAGCUUUGUGGAAAGGGAUUUGCCCACAGAAAUGUUUACAAGAAUCACAAGAAGACCCACUCUGAAGAGAGGCCUUUCCAAUGUGAGGAAUGUAAAGCUUUGUUCCGGACCCCAUUUUCUUUGCAGAGACACCUGCUCAUACAUAACAGUGAGAGGACUUUCAAGUGUCAUCACUGUGAUGCUACCUUUAAAAGGAAAGACACCUUAAAUGUUCAUGUCCAGGUGGUUCAUGAAAGACACAAGAAGUACAGAUGUGAGCUGUGUAAUAAGGCAUUUGUUACACCUUCAGUGCUUAGAAGUCAUAAGAAAACACAUACAGGAGAAAAGGAGAAAAUCUGCCCAUAUUGCGGCCAGAAAUUUGCCAGCAGUGGUACACUGAGAGUUCAUAUCCGUAGCCACACAGGUGAGCGUCCCUAUCAAUGCCCUUACUGUGAAAAAGGAUUCAGUAAAAAUGACGGGCUGAAGAUGCACAUUCGUACUCACACCAGGGAGAAGCCAUACAAGUGCUCAGAGUGCAGCAAGGCCUUCAGCCAGAAGCGAGGCCUGGAUGAGCACAAGAGGACGCACACCGGAGAAAAGCCUUUUCAGUGUGACGUUUGUGACUUGGCUUUUAGCCUGAAGAAAAUGCUGAUCCGACACAAGAUGACUCAUAAUCCCAAUCGUCCACUGGCAGAAUGCCAGUUUUGCCAUAAGAAGUUUACAAGGAAUGACUACCUCAAAGUGCACAUGGACAAUAUCCAUGGAGAGGCUGACAGCUAAUGGUAGCUGUAAAGGAAUUAAGCCAUUCAGAAGGGCUCCUAAUACGAAACCCAGAUUUCUCUCAGCUGAUUAGCGUAGGAGAAGUAGCCAAAAGUAAUUCACUGGUCUCACAGUUCUUAUUUGCCUACCUUUAGAGUCUGUAGAUACAUAUGCAAAAUAAAAAAAAAAAAUCCUACUUUUGUCAAGAAAGGGUACAAAUGGAAAAAAAUAACUUUGUAGCCUUCCAAAAUACUACUUGUGUUAUGUCUUAUAAAAAUGGAAAAAGGA